AUGUCUUUUCUGUUCGUCCAGUCUUUUCUAUACGUAUGGAAAUACAAGCUCUUAAUAUGUCAAGAACUACAAGAUUUUGAACCAACCUCAAUCAAACGAAGGUUUAUACCAAACAACCCAAUGGAAUUGGCAUCUUUGUGGGCCACAGCAGGCAUUGGGUCGGCUGGAGCCGCUGUUGAGUUGACGCUGGAUCCUAGGUUCAAGUACUGGGUCUUACUUCCAAUUUCCGUGGUAAUGAUCUUGAUCGGGGUUCUCCGGCAAGACAUUAUGAUGAACUUGAAUUUAAAGGUUAAAACCGGUCCUAGAAACAAGAUUACGGAGCAACAAUACAUGGGAAAGACACAGGCCUUGAUUGCGAAUGGAACAAACUUGAAAUUCGAGUCGUUCCGGGACCGUCAGGAGUAUUUGUCGCAAGUACUUGCGUCGGGCAAAUACGUAGCGAAAAAGGCCGGUGGCGACGAUGCUGAGACGACUGGCAACCCGUUGACAGACCCAAAUAUGUCGGACGCAAUGAUGGGUAUGGCCAAGGGCAAUCUUGCAAAUUACAUCCCGCAAACGUUGAUCAUGUGGUGGGUGAACCAUUUUUUCGCUGGCUUCGUGCUCAUGAAACUACCGUUCCCAUUGACCAUUAAGUUCAAAGAAAUGCUACAGAGCGGUAUUCUGACUGCAGACCUCGACCCCCGCUGGGUCAGUGCCAUUUCUUGGUACUUCAUCUCAGUUGUGGGGCUAAACCCGGUCUACAACCUUUUGUUCGGAAACCAGGACGUCGAUGCCAUGGGCAUGCUCCAACAGCAACAACAGCAGCUCGAGUCCAUGCCCGGCGCGCCUGCAGCCGACGGCGUCAUGAAGAAUUUGGCCAACGACCUUGCCAUCGCUCAGCACGAGUCCUGUUUCGACAAAAUCGAACAAAGAGUACUCAAAUUGUACGCUUAA